AUGGUUAGACCCGAUGAAGGCGUAUACCGCAGAUGCCAAGCUCAUUAUCCUCUUGGUACUGUCUCAUGUUGCGUCUCAGCAUGUCUCAACACCAUUCAGGAGGUUGUCACAACGAACACCAACAAAGUGAUUGCCGCCAUUCCGUCAGCUGCCAAAUCGCGGCCACGGGCAAAGCGGAAAGCAAAGCAGGAAUCAGCAGUUGCAGAUGUACCAACCGUGGAUUUGUCUGAGAAUGGCCAUGACGUUUCCGCUCCAGCUGCCGAAAAGCAGCCAAAGUUGCAGGCGGAAGCGAUCCUUGAUGCGGCAACGGCGGAGGACAAGGAGGUUGUCACAACGAACACCAACAAAGUGAUUGCCGCCAUUCCGUCAGCUGCCAAAUCGCGGCCACGGGCAAAGCGGAAAGCGAAGCAGGAGGAAUCAGCAGUUGCAGAUGUACCAACCGUGGAUUUGUCUGAGAAUGGCCAUGACGUUUCCGCUCCAGCUGCCGAAAAGCAGCCAAAGUUGCAGGCGGAAGCGAUCCUUGAUGCGGCAACGGCGGAGGACAAGGUCGUUGUCACAACGAACACCAACAAAGUCAUUGCCGCCAUUGCGUCAGCGGCUAAAUUGCGGCCACGGGCAAAGCGGAAAGCGAAGCAGGAAGAUGAAGCUCCACUUGUCACAGAUGCGGCUGAGCCAUUUCCAGCAAAGCCUGCUGCCAAUGGAGUGACGAAUGGUGCACCAGAGCAUUUGAAGGAGCCCAUCCUCGAGAGUGCCUUGAUGGUGAAUCUGGAGGACGUGGCCGGUUGCAACUUGCAGGAGACGAAACCCGUGGAAACUGAAACUGCGGCCAAAGCGCGGCCACGUGCAAAACGAAAAGCAAAGCAGGUGGAAUCCAAAAUGGUGGCAGAAGCAUCUGAGAAUCUACCCAAAGAGGUUGAUGAAAAGAGUGCAGAAAAGCCAUCAGAAGCUGAGUGUUCGAAGGAAGAGGGGAAGAAGAAAUCUGAAGCUGCCCCUAAACGGCCACGAGCAAAACGAAAAGCAAAGAAGGCAGAGGAUGCCAUAGUCAUUGAUGAUGCGGAGCCUUGUUUGUCGCCUGAUACCAAUGGAGUGACCAAUGGUGAACAGCAUUCGGAGGAGCAAGCAGCGUCAACGUCAACAGUGACUGAUGAUGCCAAAGCGGUGGCGAACACAGUGCCAGAAAACCAGGCCGCAGAGGACUUGGCCAAAGAUGGCGUUGAGCCUGAAGCCAGUACACUGUCCAGUGGCACGGCAGAACCUCCACAGGCGGAUUUCUUUGUCCCAGAAGCUGCACUUUUCCAGCCGCUUGGCGAUCCCGAUUCACCACAAGAACAGGCAUUUGAAGCUCCACCAGGACCAGACCCUCUGAAGGAAGCCGAAGAGGUUUUGUCCGAGCUUCUGCAACAACAGGCGCUGAUGUGCAAAGAAGUUCGCAUCAGCAUCGAAGAUCGGCUGCAAGAAGUCUUCGAAGAAUGGCGGUGUCUUCACAAUCGCAUCAACACCUCUGCGGAGUACUGCGUCCGUCAGGUCCUGGAUGCAGUCUCGCAAAACCAACAUGCAGAUGCGACUACUUUGGGCUUGGCAAUCGAGGAAGCUCAACAGCUGGGCCUACCGGAACGGAAAGCCAUCACGGAACGCUUGGAAGAGUUGAAGAAGUUGGAAGAAGUGGAGGGAGUUUGGCAAUGCCUCAGCACCUGUCUACGAGAUGCGGAUCGUUUGGGCGUCGUCUUUUGGAGUAAAGAGGCUGAAGACUUGGGCCUUGAAGUGCCUGAGGUUCUGAUGCCAGCCUUGGAUGCCAUGAGGGACGAAGAGGCCGCUCGGCUGAAACGCAUGGAGUUGGAAGCAUCCUUCAACGCCCAAGCCGCAGAGGCCCACGCGCACAAAGACGUCCAGGCAUUGCAAGCCAUGGCUCAACAUGCCAAGGCAAGUGGCCAGGAUCCCUCGGCAGCUCUGGCUGCGUUGGAAGAUCUGGGUGCUGAAGAGGCGGAAGAGGAAGAAUUGGAGAGGCUGUUUGUGUCUUCACCUAAUGGCCAGAACCAUUGCUUUGGCAUGUACGUCUUGGUGAAGGAGGAACGUGGCAAUGGUAUGCCAGUCUGGAGACAGCUGGGCGGUGAAAGAUGGAUCUACACUGAUGAGUUGGGUCGCUGGACUGUUGGCAGCAGCAAAGUGCGACAGAAUGGAUUCAGAGGAAGUGCUGGCUUCAUUUUCUGCCCGCAGAAGAACCAUGGAGUCCUACCAGACAAGAUGCAGUUCUGGGCACGCUUCGAUGAGGAGGCAAAGAAGUGGAAAAAGGACCAGCGACGUGGGCCGCCUUAUGUUAGGCACAGGCACGAGACGCAGAUUUUCUUACUACCAAUUCUUUGCGUUACUAUUUGUCAAAAUGAACCGUUUGGGUUAUCAACCUCAUGUUAA